CAUCUGCAAUCACACUGCAAGGUCCAAUUCCCCUACAAGCAUCAUGCUCCGGCCGUCUCUCGCGCCACUGCGGCGAGGGCGGUCCGCGCCUGCAACCAUUUAGACCCCCAGUAGUCACCACCACCCCAGUGUCUCUGUGUGCGUUUGCGAUACAGUGCUUCUACAUUACCUCGUCUCUCGCUCUUCAGCUUCUCUCCGUUCACUUUCCGCUUCACUGCCCUCCCCAGCGACUAUGACGCCCGCCGACACGAACCUCGAGGCCAAAUCCGGCACCGAUGUCGCCCACUCUGAACGCUCAGUGUCUUCACCGGCCCAAGACGAGCUCCCCGAUGCCGACGCCCAGGCCGGUGUCCAAGACAUCGAAGCCACGACGGUAGCAUGGACGAAGACGGUGCUCACGAUCGCCUAUGUGAUGCUCUGGAUCAUCUACUUUGUCGAGACGAUGCUCAACGGCGUGACGGGCGCGCUGACGCCCUAUGUUACGUCGGCGUUCGCGCUGCAUUCUCUUACGCCGACCGUCAGUAUCCUGAGCAGCGUCAUCGGGGGCGUCACCAACCUCACGCUCGCCAAGAUCCUCGACGUCUUCGGCCGCCCUCAGGGCUAUCUGUUCUGCGUCUGCCUCGCUGUCGUCGGCCUGAUCAUGAUGGCUGCGUGCAACGGCGUCGAGGCCUACGCCGCCGCCAUGGUCUUCCACACGGUCGGCAACAACGGCAUCCAGUACACAAUAUCCGUCUUCGUGGCCGACACCUCGUCACUGCGCAACCGAGGCCUGAUGCAGGCCAUCGUCAACUCGGCCAGUCUAAUCACCUGUUGGCUGGCCGGACCUGUCUCCGAAGGCUUCCUGAACGGGCCUGGAUGGCGCUGGUGCUUUGGCAUGUUCACCAUACUCGUUCCCGUCGUGACCCUUCCGCUAUUCGGCCUUCUGAUGAACAACUACAUGAAGGCCAGACGACUGGGGCUUGUCCCGAAGCGCGACAGCAACCGCACUGCCCUGCAGUCUACGCUCUAUUACUGCCGCCAAUUUGAUGCCAUCGGUCUGCUUCUUGUCUCUGCCGGCGUGGCCCUGUUUCUUUUGCCCUUCAAUCUCUACACCAUGCAAGCGAGAGGCUGGAACUCGCCGCUUGUCAUCAGCAUGCUGGUGGUUGGCAUUGUCCUGAUGAUCUCCUUCGUGGUAUGGGAGAAGUUCUUCGCGCCCAUCACCUUCAUCCCAUACUCCCUCCUCCUGGACCGAACAGUCUUCGGCGCGUGUCUCCUUUCCGCGGCGCUCUUCCUCAGUUUUACGUUGUGGAACAGCUAUUUCGGCUCGUUCCUGCAGGUGUCCAAGGGCCUCAGCGUGGAACAUGCGAGCUACGUCAGCCAGUCGUACACGGUGAUUGGAGUCUUGUGUGCCGUGUCCGUGGGGUACCUCAUCCACCGCACGGGGAAGUUCAAGCCUGCCGCUCUCUACGUUGGCAUUCCGUUGAGCAUCCUCGGUGUGGGCCUUAUGAUCCACUUCCGCCACGCCGACAGGAACAUUGGCUACAUCGUCAUGUGCCACAUUUUCAUCGCCAUUGCGUCUGGCAUCGUUAUCAUCUGCGAUGAGAUUGCCAUCCUGGCUGCUGCCUCGCAUGAAUACGUCGCUGUCUGCAUUGCUGUUCUGGGCAUAUUCAGCAACAUUGGCGGCGCUAUUGGCUAUACGGUUGCGGCCGCCAUCUGGCAGGAUGUCAUCCCCAAGAAACUCAUGGCAUACCUGCCCGCUGAAGAUCUUCCGAAUCUUCUCCUGAUCUACGCCGAUCUCACGACUCAGUUGUCGUAUCCGAUGGGCUCCCCCACUCGUCUUGCUAUCCAGCGUGCCUACGGAGACGCGAUGUUGAGGCUGUUGGCUGCUGCUACUGCCGCCUGGGUUCUCGGCGCUGUUGGGGUCCUCAUGUGGCGGAACAUUAAUGUCAUUGGCAUCAAGCAGACCAAGGGCCAUGUGUGGUAAACGCUGGGUGGCCUUUAGACAGUCAAAGUUUGGGUCCGAUCGCCCUCGGAGAGUCCAACGCAGCCUUUGGUGCAUAAUUACUAUUGUAGUCGCAAUUAUAAUCAGUCUCGCCAAUGAUUUGUCCCCCAAGACAGGCCACCACGUCUAUUUACUUGUAACGGGCCAGGCCGUAUUAGAUCUCUUGGAGAUCUUCCUUCGCUUUCUCCCUUUCUCCUUUAUUUUCCCUGUUUCGACAUCGCUUUCUCCUUUUAUCCUUCACUCCCUUUCGCCUUCGCGUUAUCCCCUUCUCCUUCACUUUCCCCCCUUCAGCGUUUCUUUCUCUCUUCUGUCUCACUUUCUCCCUCCUGCCUCGCU